AUGCGGGCUACUUCCAGUCGAAUGCUGAAAAAGAUUUCGAGCGAUAAGGUGUGGAAGGCGGUGCCGCUUCCGCAGCCGUUUCACACGGCUCUUGAGACAGGCGACUGGGUGAAGGCGCUCCACGUUUAUCAGCGGCAUUCUUAUCAUGCACCGCCCGUUGACACCUUUGACCUCUUGAAGGCUGUCAUGCACGCGACGGGUGUGCGAGUGGAUGACGUAAAGAGCCGAUUUAAUGAGAAGAUACGCCUGUCUGCCAUUCUACAGAAAAAAACACCUGACGAAGUGGAGUGGAGUGUUUUUUGGGAAGCCCUAAACAAAGGUGACUCAAAAACGAUUAGUGCCGCCCUUAUGGGCGCUCGUCUAUCAAGCAUCACACAGCAGAUAACCACAGCGGAGGCAUGUGCUGUAUUGUUGAAGUCGGCUGGAGAAGACUGGGAGGCCAAAUUAGUGGACAAUUUUCCAUUUGCGACCGUGACGCGUUGCAAUCUCGUUCAUGUGGCGUUGGCUCAGAAGCGGUGGGACGUCGCGGUGGAGCUUCUUCGCAAUGUGAGGAUAAAUCGUAGUGACGUGAUGACCCUGUGGCCACUGAUUGAAGAGCUGGACUGGGAAAAGGUGCUUCUCCUCAUAUCAGCGUGUCCAAAAAAUUCAGUGCCAUUUGACCUUGCGUUACGCCACAUUCUUCGCGGCGGAUGCAGCUUGCAGUACCUUGCGGAACAUUUGGAGAAUGCGCGUGUUCUUGGUGAUGCGGACGUUGUGGCUCCGCUUCUAGCUCACGCGGUGGAAAUUGGCGAUUGGGACUUUGUUGGCAGAGGAAUGGAACAUCUUGUUGACAUUGGACAGAUAACGCAGCCGGCGCGAGAGGUGUUUGAGCACAUGGGAAAGAUACACGGCAUGGAAACGGUGUGCGCUCGCCUGGAGGAGCAUCGCAUUCCCCUUCAUCAUGUGACGGUGGAAAAUUUAGAGAGUCUCAGACUGUGA